UUAUUAUGACAGCAAACAAAUUCUCAUUAGUUGAUAUAUUAGCAAGAAAUAGGAAACAAAAGUUAUAAUUUAUUGCAGCAAACGACAAUAGUUCGAAUAGGAAAAAAAUUUGGUAACUUCCAAAUUUGGAAUUCUCAUUCCCUAUCCCACUUUAAUUAGGAGACCUCGUUUCUUAUAUAUACAGCCCCUAUUAGUUCCACUCCACAACUUACUUCAUAUUUUACAAUAGUUCUCUAGUAUUCUUUUGCCAAUGGCUGAGAUUUAUGAAGUCUCUUUCUACAGUGAUGAAAUUGAAGUUACCGUCACCAAAAACUCCUCAGUCGUUAAUACUUGGAUUGUGCAAACAGUGCAGAUGCAUCGUCGUAGGCUCCGCAAGCUCCUCGUGGGUCUUGAUAUCGAGUGGCUCCCCUGUUUCAACCCUGACGAAAACCACCCAGUCGCUCUCCUCCAGCUCUGCGUGGGGCGCCGCUGCCUUUUAUUCCAACUCCUCCACAAAGACGCUGUUCCCGGAUAUCUCAUAGACUUUCUCGGGGACCCAAAUUUCAAGUUCGUUGGGGUUGGGGUUAUGGAGGACGCUAAGAAACUGCUCCGCGAUCACAGGCUGUUCGUGGCGAAUACUGUGGAUUUGAACCGAUUGGCGUAUUCGGUUUACGGGGAAGAAGUGUAUGGGAAGAUGGGAUUGAAGAGAAUGGCGAAAGAGGUACUUGGGAAAGUAAUGGAAAAGCCAUUGAAUGUAACACUGAGUAAGUGGGAUGCUGAGGAAUUGUGUUAUGAACAAGUUGAAUAUGGUGCUAUUGAUGCUUUUGUGUCGUUUGAGAUUGGCAAGAAUUUGUUUAAUUUAGUGUGGGAAAGAGAGAAAGAGAAUCGUCGUGUUGUUAAGAGGGAAUGUUUGAAUUGCCAUUAUCAGCCAUUGUUGCUGGUACAAGAUACACAAGGGAUGUUUCGAACACCUGCUUUGUUUUGAAUCUGAAAUACUAUACAAGAAAAAUAGGUGAAAGAAUAGAUAAGAAAAUUUUCUUGUAAUACUGUAUUAGUUUGUACAUGGAACCUUUUCCUGUUUCUUGAAGAUUUAUGACACGCAUUUUUUUUUAUUUUUAUUUUUUUUUUGAGGAAACAUCGUAUGAGGAUGUCCUCAAGUUUGAGACUAUGAAGUAAUUUGCAACAUUCUUUAUUGUAUCUUGCUUUUUGUCAAGUAGUUUAUACUUUUUCGACAUCAAGUAGUUUAUACAUGUACAUAAUAUAUUUGUUUGGUACCUCCAAGUAAAGUACAGAUAGAUAGUCACAUACACUAAAAGAGUUCAAAAUAGCUUUUGGUUUCUUUUUCUCCUCACAAACCAUGACUUUCAAGGCAUCACAUGAGAUAAGAAAUUUAAAUAUGCAACUAGAAAAUCAAAUAACACACAGUUUCUCC